CCAUACUACUAUUUUUUAUUUAUUGUUUUACUCCCAUACUACUAUUAUAUUGUUAAUGACAAGAAGUGACGUUUUCCUGACAGCGAAGAUUAUUGGUUCCGUUCAAAGCGAAGUAAUGACGCGCCUUUCUUACAGGAAGUGCGCGAAUGUUAUUGUUGGUGAGACCAUGGGCAACUUAAUGUAGGGCAGUGGACUAUCUCAGUGUUUAACGCAGAACUGUCCUCAUGAUGAACUUCGAGGGACUGGAUCCUGGAUUGGGCGAUUACUCGUCCGGGUUACAUGGUAGCCUCGAACCAGGUCUAGAACCCUCUCUAGAUCCAAGGAUGGACCCUUCGCUGUUACAAGGUGUGGAGCUAGACCAAGAUGGCCUCGCGGUGCCAGGGGCUGACUCGGUGCAUCUUCUGGAGGGGAUGUUUUCGGAGCUACAUAGCGUCGCUGCGGAAGUUGGUAUUCCCGUCACAGCGACACACUUCGAUGUACAGGAGGAGCUCCUCUGGAUGGGAAACCACCGGGGUCAUGCCAGUUCCUUCUUUGGUCCUACCAUGGGCCGGUACUCUUCAUACCAGGCGCAUCUAACUGAUGAGGUCCGUCAAAUCCAGAGCAUGGAGACAGGCGUGUUGUUCCUUACCAAGAGCAACCUCAAGUGCCAUACUCGUGGGGGACUUGUCAUGUUUGACUACCCAAUGGAGGAGGGAGCUGACAUGCACAGUUUGCUGUUGACUGACAACAACACAUUGCUCAUGGGUGGACUUCAGAACUAUGUGACAGAGGUUGACCUCAGCACUGUGCAAGAGACCCAGAAGUUUGAUGUGGAAGCUCCCGGAGUAGCCAUCAUUAGGCAGUCCAACCGUUUCUUCUUCUGUGGAACCACAUCUGGCAAGAUGUCCCUACGUGACCUUCGCACCUUCAAGAUGGAGCACGAGUUUGAUGCCUACUCGGGCAGUCUGUCCGACUUCGACGUGCAUGGCAACCUGCUGGCGGCGUGUGGCUUUUCCAGUCGGGGGCUGAAUGGCCUGGCCUGUGACCGCUUCCUCAUGGUGUUCGACCUGCGCAUGAUGCGUGCCAUCACGCCGCUCCAGGUGCACGUGGACCCGCUCUUCCUGCGCUUCAUUCCCACGUACACCGCCCGUCUGCUCAUCACCUCUCAGAGUGGCCAGUGUCAGUUCUGUGAGCCCACCGGCUUGGCUAGUCUGGCCGACAUCUUCCACAUCAACACAGGGGGCCAGCUGCUCAUGAGCUUCGACGUGUCCUCCAACAAGCAGGCGCUGUCCUUUGGAGACUCGGGUGGCGGCGUGCACCUGUGGUCCAGCACGCCGGAGGUGUCCUUCAACGGGUACUCCCGUGAGACAGACUUUGCCCUGCCCUGCCAGGUGGACUCUCUUCCUCAGCUGGACUGGGGGCAUGACCUGAUGCCGCUCUCGCUCAUCCCCACCCCACUGACCACCGAGCCCCUGAUCUCUGACUGGUCCUCCACACUGGCGACUCCUAGCCCUAGACGUGCACCCCCUGUAGAUGCAGAAAUUCUGCGCACCAUGAAAACAGUGGGCUUCAUUGGCUACGCCCCCAAUCCUCGCACACGCCCCCGAAAUCAGGUUCCCUACAAGAUCAAAGAGAUCGAGCAGGAGUACGAUAGUUACAACCAAGAACCAGAGUCCCCCAUUGGUCGAGAUGAAGAGCCACACUUAUACAUGGUCCCAAAGAAAUAUCGCAAGGUCACUAUUAAAUACUCCAAACUUGGACUUGAGGACUUCGACUUCAAGCAUUACAACAGGACACUCUUCGCUGGUCUGGAGCCUCAUAUUCCCAAUGCAUACUGCAACAGCAUGAUCCAGGUGCUGUACUUCCUGGAGCCAAUCCGGUGCCUGGUGCAGAAUCACCUGUGUCAGAAGGAGUUCUGCCUGGCCUGUGAACUUGGAUUCCUUUUCCACAUGCUGGACCUGUCUAGAGGAGACCCCUGUCAGGCCAGUAACUUUUUGCGUGCUUUCCGCACCAUUCCCGAGGCGUCUGCUUUGGGCCUGAUCCUGGCCGACUCGGACGAGCAGACAGGCAAGGCCAGACUGGGCCGCCUCGUCCAGAGCUGGAACCGCUUCAUCCUCACCCAGCUUCACCAGGAGACCCAGGAGCAGGAGGGGCCACAGGCCUACCGGGGGUCCACCAGCAGUGCCCAGGGCUCAUCGGCAGAGUCUGUGAUUGGCCGUCUGUUUGGCUGUGAGGUGGAGAACAGCAGCCUGUGCCGCUGUGGGAAGGAGACCGUACGCUCCUCGCUGACGCUGCUCUUUACCUUGCACUACCCCGAACAGAACUCCACUGAGAAAGCCUCCAAAGAGCAUGAAUUUACGGAGAUUCUGAAGAAGAGCAUCUGUCUGGAGCAGAGUACGCAGGCCUGGUGUGAGAACUGUGAGAAGUACCAACCUACAGUGCAGACGCGUAACAUCCGUUGCCUGCCCGAUGUGCUGGUCAUCAACUGCGAGGUGAACAGUGUGAAGGAGGUGGAGUUCUGGAAGACGCAGGCAGAGUAUGCUUAUAACAAAGCUGUGAAGAAAGAAGCUGCAGAACCACCGAAGCCGAAGCCUGAACCUCUCCCACCAACAGAAUGGUGCUUAGAGAACGAGCAGCCCAACAUGGAAGGCCUGACCUUUGCCACCAAGGCGGAGGACCUGAAGCAUGUGUGGAUCCCGCUCAGCAUGAAGAUGUCCAUCAGCAAGAGCCAGGGUCUGGAGGUCAGCAGCUGGCCCGAGGGAGAGGAGCUAAGCCAAGCAGAGGAGGAUGAGGGGGCUGCUGUGUAUGAUCUGGUGGUGACACUCUCGCACUUGCUGGACGCCCGCACCGGUGGCAACCUGGUGGCCCAUAUCAAAGUAGGGGAGACCUACCACCAGAGGAAGGAGGGUGUGACGCACCAGCAGUGGUACCUGUUCAACGACUUCCUGAUCGAACCCAUCGACAAGACUGAAGCCGCCCAGUUUGAUGUGAACUGGAAGAUACCAGCUAUUCUCUACUACGCCAAGAGGGACUACCACUCGAAAUAUGACCUGCGCAUUAAAAAUCCCAUUGAGGCCAGUGUGCUUCUGACCGAGGCCUCUCUGGCACGUAAGCAGAGGAAGAGUCAUGCUACCUUCAUCCCCCUCAUGGUCAGCGAGAUGCCCCAGACGUCGGAUCUGGUGGGACUGGACGCUGAGUUUGUCACACUCAAUCAGGAGGAGGCAGAGCUACGCAGUGACGGCACUAAAUCCACCAUCAAGCCUAGCCAGAUGUCUGUGGCUCGUAUCACCUGCGUCAGGGGACAGGGGCCCAACGAGGGAGUGCCCUUCAUAGAUGACUAUAUCUCCACCCAAGAGCAGGUUGUUGACUACCUGACUCAGUACUCUGGAAUCAAGCCUGGUGAUCUUGAUGCAAAGAUCUCCUCCAAGCACUUAACUACCCUCAAGUCCACUUACCUCAAGCUGCGCUUCCUCAUUGACACAGGGGCUCGGUUUGUGGGCCAUGGCUUACAAAAGGACUUCCGUGUGAUUAACUUAUUGGUGCCAAAAGACCAGGUUGUCGACACUGUGUACCUCUUCCACAUGCCGCGCAAGAGAAUGAUCUCUUUGCGUUUCCUUGCCUGGUACUUUCUGGAUCUGAAUAUUCAGGGUGAAACACACGACAGUAUUGAAGAUGCCCGCACAGCCCUGGCACUCUACAGGAAGUACUUGGAGUUGAGCCGAGGGGGCAAUGAUGAUGUCCGGAAAGUUCUAAAGGGACUGUAUGAAAAGGGACGCAAGCAGGAUUGGAAAGUUCCCGAAGCAGACCCCACAGAUGGUCAAGGUAGCCCAAAAAGGUCAUCAGUGUAUCCCUCAGUGAUGGAGCUGUAAAUAAUGUCCGACCAAGACUCGUAUCUCAAUGGACCUUUGAUAGAGAAAUGUACAUUGUGGAUUCAUAUUUGCAUUUUUCAAAUGAUUUUUGCUUUUUUCUUCAACUUUGAAAUGCCAUCAAAGCUCCAGAACACUGGAUGUGUGAAAGACUGAAUGAUGCAUUAUACUAACCAUUAUGGAAGAGCUGUCUGGUCAAUCUCACAGCAAAUUACCAACGUCAUUUUUUAUUAUCGUAUCAGAUGUCUCUGAGAGAACAUGGCAGCUCUGAUUGUACUAAGGUCCGGCAAACCUGAAGAGGAACACAGAAGUAUCAUGGCCUCGCACUGGAUGCAACAAUUUUUUUAUGCACCUCUUUGCUUUGGCAUUUGUUAAUGUGAUUUAUUUUUUUUGUAUUGCAUUGGUUAUUAAAGAACUUUCAAACUCC